GAUGUACCAAGAACAGAUAACUCCCACACAACCACAGCUGCCACUAAGACAAACCUCAGCCACAGAGAGAGAGAGACACCCAGCAGUUAUCUGUGUGUAUAUAUGUUUAUAUAUCAACGCAUACACAUAUAUACACACACACUCUCGUUCAUACAUCCAUAUAUUUAUAGACGAAUAUAUUAGGUGUAUAUAUAAAUUGUUACUUUAACACCGUGGAGGUCAGUGUUUCUCUAUUUUCCCUUACGGCUCCUCAUUAACACGCGCGCGCGCACUCCGCCUUCUUAAUUACAUACACAAUUAAUUAGAAUGUUUAUUUAAUUAUUAUCCAUUGGACUUUAAAACAAAGUCUUCCUUUACUCGCUUCCUGUUGUUGUUCAACCCCAGGUCUAUGUCGAUCCAGCAGACUUACGGUCAAAGGCGUUCCAGCUGUGACUAUCCUGUCUUAAACACCAGAAAUAUAUUCAGCAAUGUGUCCUGCCUUUAUUUCAGACCUUAAGACGUUCCACGUGUGACUACCACGUCUCCUAGAAACAUGAACCAAUGUGUCCAGUCUUAGUUUAAGACGCUGCGACAUUCCACUCGUGACUGUCCCGUCUUAUAGUUCAAAGACAUUAACUAAUGUGUCCUGCCUUAAUUGCGGGCUGUAAGACGUUCCAGCUGUGACUAUCUCGUCUUAUCUUUAUCGGAAACACAUCAAUUAAUGUCCUGCCUUCGUUUAAGAUGACUAGGUGCCAUUUGAGGCAGGUAUAUUAGCUGCAGUUUCUAGCAAGGUUAGUGACCUACCAAGCCUUCUGCUUUGGCUCGCUUCGUGUUGUUGUUUUAAUUGAAGACAGAAUUACUUGGAGCCGAGAGGGCAAUAUUCAUCUGUUCGGUUACGACGAACUUGGUGAGGGUCAAGCCAUAGUGCCCUUCACCUGCAACCACCAAAACGGGGUCAGCUUUGGCCUUGUGCCUCAAUAACACAUAUUUGUUAUUUGAAGCAGAUACUUUGAAAAUAUUCUAUGAAUUUAAUAAUAUAUACUCAACAAGCACGUACCCAAGCUCGGUCACUCAUCCUUACGUACAUACAAAUAUACGUACGUAUAUAUAUAUAUAUAUAUAUAUAUAUAUAUAUAUAUAUAUAUAUAUAUAUAGCUGCAUAUAUAGCACAGGUAUGUGUUUAGGAAGUUUAUAAACACACACAUAUAUAUAUAUAUAUAUAUAUAUAUUAUACACGCACCCACACAAACACUUGUAUGUGUUUAAAGAGUUUAUAAACAUCCCUACAUCCUAGACCGUUUUGUAAGCUUUAAAUAGAACCCCUUCAAUUAGGUUUUGUUGUUCCCUGAGAGCAGUUAUCAUCUCUAUCAUCGUCGACAAUUCCUGUAAAGGGACAAAUCCUUCCCCUUCUACAACAGAGCGGAAUGAAGAGACGCUAACUUCAUCUUUCUAUUUCUACAGGCACCUUCUCUUUAAAUGGCUGACACGGUAAAUGAGAAUGCCAUCGACAUUUCAGAAAGCGAUUCUGUCCAGCAGUGCAAUGAAGACCCCUUAAACUCCUCAAAGGAACUUGUUAUUACGAUCCAAUCUCCAGACAAAUUGAAUUCCUUGACAUCUGAUUAUUCGGAUGCUGAGAGAGGUUCCAACAUUGUUCUGGAAAACCAGGAGAUGACAUCCUCCAACAACUGUUCCCCGGAUCCUAAAGGUAAACUCAUUAUUACGAUGCCUUCUCCAACCUCAUCACAAAUGUCAAGCGGAACCGAAACCAUUCAAUUGGAAAUCUCCAAUGGAUCAUCAAUAGAUCAGAACUCCCCUACCAUGGAAAUGGACCAGUCUAAUAUCGGAUACUGUUUAGUGUGCAAUGAUCUUGGAUCGGGCUAUCACUACUCGGCAUUUUCUUGCGAGGGGUGUAAAGGAUUCUUUAAACGGACUGUCCAGAAGAAUUUGAUUUACAAGUGCAAAGACAGUGGAAACUGCAUCAUCAACAAAUUCACGAGAAACAGCUGCCAACAUUGUCGCUUCCAACGCUGUCUGCAAGUUGGUAUGAAAAGAGACGCUGUGCGAGAGGAUCGAACCCCUGGAGGCAAACAUCGACACAAACGGCGCAGAGUAGAAAAUAUUAUCGCAGAGAAUGAUGAUGGAGGUGGUGGUGGUGGUGGCGGCGGCACUUCAAGGAACCAGGAUACAUUACUGGAGAGGGUGAUCAGUGCAGCACCAGACAGGUUACCAAAGACAGGAGAAAUCUUUGCUGGUGAAGUUAAGAUUUGCAACCUGACUGGAAAUGAACUUCUUCAAUGUGGUUAUCUUGAGUUGAAAUAUAUCAUUGAUUGGGCCAAGAAAGUACCAGGAUUUCGAGAUUUAUGUAUCACAGACCAGACAGCUUUGUUGAAAUCCUCGUUCAUGGAAUUGAGUGUUCUUCGUCUGUCGUACAGAUCAAUGGGAAUGGACAAUGUGAUAAAGUUUGCUGAAGGUUUGCUCGUUCCAAUCAACUACGCUACCAACAUGGGUUGGGGCAAUGAACUCAUCAAUGCAUCUGUUGAGUUCUCCCUCUGUCUCAAGAGUAUUCAUCUUGACCACUCAGAAUUUUGUAUUCUCAAUGCUCUCGUCUUAACAUAUCCAGAUGCCUCAGGUGUACAAGACAAACAAAAGGUUGCUGCCAUGCAGACGAGAAUCCUCGACACACUGCGACGCUACGUCUCCAAGAAAUACUCCAGUGACCUCCAGCGUUAUGGCAAGAUGCUGCUACGUCUGCCAGCCCUUCGCACCCUCAGCGCCAAAGCUGCCGAACGUUUCCUCUCACUGACCCUGGAGGGCAGUUCCCACAUUAAUGAACUUGUGUCCCAAAUGAUCAGCUGAUCAAUGCUGACCCUUGAUCACUUUAACCACCACCACCAUCAUCACUCCCCCGACACCACCUGGUUUAAUGGUUGUGUGAGGAAUGUCUUCUUUUUUCACGGAACAAACAAAAACAACCGUUGUCUUUAUUCCCCCCCCCCCGGUUUCUUUAUUUUGUUCAUUGCUAAAACUUUAGCCAAUUUUUUGUCAUUUCAAUUAACCCUUGGAUGGAUACUGUUGGAGGGGAAAAGACACAUGCAUAUAAUCAACAUACAUUAUUUAGAUUUUUCAGAUUAACAAAGAUUGUUUGUUUU